CAUGUAGUAGCAACCGACACAUAUAUAACCCCUCGAAACACGGUGAAGGCUGCCAGCCAGCUGUUGGCACCCAGUGCGUGCGUGCGUGCGGGCGUGCUUGCCUGCUGGCUGGCGGGCUUGGGGGAGACCCUGGCCUCGGCGCGCCUGGGAGCAUAAGCCGCCAGUUCGGCGCUAGGCCCAAAGGGGAUGGCAAUUUGCGAAAAGGAAAGCGCCAUCCACGAGACAGGAGGUCGCUGCUGCUGCUGCUUCUUAUUAACCUCUCCGCCUCCAUCUCCUCUGUCCGUCCGUCCGUCCUCUACCACGGCUUGCCAUCUUUCUUCUUCGGCCCAUCCACUCAUUACCUACCUUUCUCCGCAUUGAGGUUCCCGCCAACCCUCGACCUCUCUGCCCAUUCUUAUCGUGGUCCUUCUUUGAGUCCCUUGGAAUCCAGCAGCUUCACCAUCAACCACCAGCCUUUUACCGUGUCCUUGCUCGGCCUUUUCUCCACCGCCUGCCCCUUGACCCCUCUAAUCAAUCCCAUUGCCCUGCUUGCUUUGCUUUGCCUUCUGCCUUGCCCGGAACCUGUGCGCAUCCUCUUGUCGCAUAUCUGCUCCUUCGUGCGCCUGUUGACAGUUUUGGCAGCUCUGUUUUGACUAGGUCGUUUGUCUCCCGUCCGACUUUCUGGGCCCCUUGUUCGUGCCCCUGUUCACUCUACGGAUUUUAAUACCUUCCUGCUUGUACACCUCCGUCGUCCCUCGCCCCGGCUAGUCGUAUAUAUUCCACAUUCCAUCCUACCUUGUCCGGCCCCCUACCAGUCCGGACCCUUAAUACCACCGUCGCCACGGCUGUUCUUUCUCAAUCCGCGCGGGACAGCUCAGCUCUGCCCCCGCAUCUUCUCAGCAUGCAACACCACGACAACACGUCCUCCGCCCCCAGCGGUCCUCGCUUCCAGAAUGGUUUCCCCAACAAGCAGAUGAAUGGAGGCAACACUGGUUUCUCCCACGGUGCUUUCAACACCAACCAGACAGGCUAUGCCGACAGGCAUCCUGAACGAGCUAGCAUUCCAAACAUCAACACCAACCGACUUGCGCCCGGUAACCCCAACGUCGCCGAUUUGCAGACUCCAGGCACUGGCUAUGACAUGAACUUCACCCCCUUGCUUCCCUCGCAGUUGCUCCUUGGAAGCCCCUUCCAACCCGGUUCUCCAUCUGCUUUUGCUUCCCCGCAAUUCCAGAAUUUUGCUGGAUUCGCCGGUCAGAACCAGUCGCAGCAGCAGCAACAGCAGGCCCAGCAGAUUCAAGUUGGCAGCCCGCUGCAGCAGCCUCUUUCCCCCGGGCUCUACCAGGGGCUAGUCUCGCCCACCAGCUUGAAUGGCCCUGGCUUUUUUGCUGGACCUCAGUCUCCAACCUUUGGUGGCUUUGGUGCGCAGGGUAUGGGUGGACUCGGCAAUGGCAUGUCCAUUGCCCCAGGACUGGUCUCCGGUACGAGUAGAACGGUGUACUUGGGCAACAUUCCGCCUGAGACGUCCGCCGAGGAAAUUCUUGGCCAUGUGAGAAGUGGCCAGAUCGAGUCGGUGAGGCUUUUGCCCGACAAGAACUGUGCUUUCAUUUCCUUCCUUGAUAGCAGCUCUGCUACCCACUUCCACUCUGACGCAAUCUUGAAAAAGUUGUCGAUUCGUGGCCAGGAUAUCAAGAUUGGAUGGGGAAAGCCUUCCCAAGUCCCGACAUCGGUUGCGCUUGCGGUGCAGCAAUCGGGUGCUUCGCGAAACGUCUAUCUCGGCAAUCUGCCUGAAGAGGUUUCUGAACAAGAGCUCCGAGAGGAUCUCAGUAAGUUUGGACCCAUCGACACGGUGAAGAUUGUUCGCGAGAAGGCUAUCGGGUUUGUCCACUUUCUGUCGAUUGGUAAUGCCAUCAAGGCAGUGGCUCAACUUCCCCAAGAGCCCAAGUGGCAGGCUCCUCGCCGCGUUUACUACGGCAAGGAUCGAUGUGCGUACGUGUCCAAGACACAGCAGCAGAACGCCGCUCAGUACCUUGGAAUCGCUCCUGGAUACGCUCAUGUGCUCAACGGUGCCGAUCGCGAUAUGAUCUCCAAUGCCCUUGCCCAGCAAUCGGUCGCAGCUGCCGCAGUUGCCACUUCUGCUGGAGGUGUGAACAACCUAGGCAACCGCACCGUUUACCUCGGGAAUAUUCACCCCGAAACUACUAUCGAGGAGAUUUGCAAUGUUGUUCGUGGAGGUCUUCUUCACCAUAUUCGCUAUAUUCCCGAUAAGCACAUCUGCUUUGUGACCUUUAUUGACCCCACUUCGGCAGCCUCCUUCUACGCCUUGAGCAACCUCCAAGGUCUGAUGAUUCACAAUCGCCGCCUCAAGAUUGGUUGGGGCAAGCACUCUGGUGCUCUUCCUCCUGCUAUCGCUCUUGCAGUUAGUGGAGGUGCCUCGCGCAAUGUGUAUAUUGGCAACCUCGAUGAAUCAUGGACUGAGGAACGUUUGAGACAAGACUUCUCCGAGUACGGUGAGAUUGAGCUUGUCAACACUCUGCGUGAAAAGAGCUGUGCGUUUGUCAACUUCACCAACAUCGCCAACGCUAUCAAGGCUAUCGAAGCUGUGCGCGGACGGGACGAAUACAAGCGAUUCAAAGUAAACUUUGGUAAAGAUCGCUGCGGUAACCCUCCUCGUCAGAUGAGCCAGCAAGGUCAGGGUCAACAAGCUGGCAGUGAUGGUGUUCAAUCCCCAUCACCCAUCAGUGGUCUUCACCCAUCACAAAGCACCCCUGGCCCCUCCAUCUCCCCCACCGGCUCGGUUGCACCUAACUCGGGCGGCAGCACCAAUGGUCAGUUCCCUAAUGUGCAGGCACCAGCUCCUGCCAACAUUCUGAACUCAGGGUCGAACAAUCCUUUGAUGAUGUACCUCCAAGCUCAGCAAUCUCAGCAGCAAGUGGAGUCUUCAAUGCAGCAACAGCAGCAGCAGCAGCAGCAGCAACAACAAAGCUUUCAGUCCCCUCAGGCUGCCUUCUACAGCGCUGAUAACAACCCAACACCUCAGCCUCAUACCUCCCAUGCUUCGCAUAAUAGCACAUCGAGCUUCAGCCUCAUCAACGGCUCAUCAGGUCAAUCCGGUGCGCCUACGGUCGGCGGUCUCCUUGCGCCUUCCAACCUAAAUGCACGUGCCCAGCACUCCCGAGCUGUGAGUCUACCAGUGUUCACUCAAGGGCCGUUCACACAGCCCGUGCAGCAGUCUCAAGCACCGCAAAAUUCCUUCGGUAGUCUCAGCUCAGGGAUCGGUGGCUUCGGCAGCGGGAAUGGAGGUUACGGACUUGCCAUUCAAGGUGACGGCGGUCUCCCUGGUUGGGCUGAAGAGGAAGUUGGUGCGCAGUAA